AUGGCAAUUGACGAUCUCGCCACCCUCGAUGCCUCGAAGGAGAACUGGACUAUUGUUGCAAAGGUGAACCGUUUAUGGCUUAGUCCGAGAAGCUCAAAGCUUCCAUUUUCCAUGGACAUGAUUCUUAUGGAUGACAAGGGUUGUAAGAUUCACACUUCGGUUAGAAAGACUCUUAUAUACCGAUUUCAAUCUUUGCUAAGUGAAGGACGUGUAUAUCAGAUUUCGUUUUUUGGUGUUGGUGAAAGCGGUCGUGAUUUACGUCCAACCUCGCAUCCAUUCAAGAUCAACUUUGAUAUUCAUACUUAUGUGCGAUUGGUUCCCAACAAGGCUAUCAACUUAAGCCCUUACAAUUUUGUGCCACUCUCUGAUAUAAUGUUUAAGGACAUUGAUACGUCUUUUCUUAUAGAUGUGAUUGGAAUUCUCACCGGUGCAACUGGAGAGCAAGAAUGA